AACAUCAAUCCAUGAUAGGAGAAGACACCUUAAAAGGCGGGUCAAGUAAGUUUAGUGACAGAUCAAGCAGCAAACGCAGUCCCUUCUAAACUGAGCUCAACAUUAUAUUAUAAUGAUUGACAUGUACUUUAUCAAACCAGAAAUCGGAUCUUGUCUUCACAGCCAAUAUUGAAGUUGCUAGGGAGGGUACAUUAGUGUAGGUAAGGUUUAAUGAGACUCCAUUGGAUUGUAAUCAUCGUCAUGUCGGAUUUAUGUAAACUACAACAUUGUAACAAAAUGGCGACUGUUUAGGUCACGUCAGUAAUGCAGGGGCAGCACUGUAAUUUCUUACAAAUCAACUGAUACAAGUCAAGGAAUUGUGUGACCUCAUUUUAAGGAAUUGUGUUCUAGGUCGUUUGGUAACUGUCCCAACCUUCAAGGAAUUUACGUUCUGGCUACUUUCGUCGUCUUUUGUGAGGUGACGUGAGUUACUACCUUGGAUGAGGAUUUACAGCAGGGUUGUAUGUAUUGAUGCCGAGGUGGAACCGUACCUUUUUUUUUGACCUUUUCAAGAUGUGCUGGAUGUACCAAACGUUUUACAAUAAGGGGGAAUCUCUAUGGGUCAUUUUUUCCUGAAUCUCAUCGAUUUAACCAUGGUGAAACUUCCCAAUCCUCUGUAUACAGAGUGGAUUCUAGAAGCAAUACAGAAGAUCAAAAGGCAAAAACAGAGGCCUUCCGACGAGCGGAUUUGUCAUGCAGUGGCUACUUUACACAGAUUGGACAAGCGGACCGUUUUGGAACAGUUGGAUUUAAGUGUUCAUGAUGGUUCCAUUCUCAAAGUCACCAAUAAGGGGAACGUGUCGUACAAAGACCCCAAUCACCCUGGGAGAGGAUUAUUAUUAUCAUCAUCAUCAUCAUCAUCAUCAUCGCUCAAACCUGUAAGUGCAAACCUCUCUAUUCCAUCGUCUAAAGGAUCUAUAUGGAAGCCGAGUGACCUACGCCACGUUGAUUGGAAUAAAGUCCUGAGGAGGGCCAUCGAGGGUCUGAAUGAUAGCCGUGGUUCCUCUCUGAAGAACAUCCAGAGGUACCUAAGGAACCAGGAUGAUCCAUCACAUGUCCAGGACAACCCAGGGUUCCAGCAGAGGUUACGGCUGGCCGCUAAAUGGGCGGUCAAAAACGGCCGGCUGGCAAAGGAUGGUCCGCGCUACAGGUUGAACCAGGGGGUUAAUGGAGCUGAGGGUAGGAGCCAGAGGUGUCCAAGUGCUUCCCCAUUGGCUCUUCUGUGUGUCACUCUUCUUCCACAUGAGAGAGACCAGCUACGCGCUGACCCCAUCCCAAUAUGCAGUUUCUGUUUGGGAACGAAAGAGUCCAAUCGGGACAAGAGGUCAGAGGAGCUUCUGUCCUGUGCAGACUGUGGAAGCAGUGGGCACCCGUCUUGUCUGAAGUUUUCCCCAGAGCUGACCACUAACGUCAAGAGAUUGCGAUGGCAAUGUAUAGAAUGUAAAACAUGUAGCUUCUGUCAAAUACAGGGCAAAAACGCUGGAAGCCACCAUACAGCCCCACACAUGCCUCCUGUCUCCUUGCAGGACGAGAUGCUGUUCUGUGACUCCUGUGAUCGGGGGUUUCACAUGGAGUGCUGCGACCCGCCUCUCUUAAGGAUGCCAACAGGUACCUGGGUCUGUCAGGUCUGCAGGCCCAAGGAAAAUGGAAAGACAUUUCUGCAUAUGAAAGCCGAUCAGAUCAAACGUCGAUAUGCAAAGCCAAUCGGGAGGCCCAGAAAUAAGCUCAAACAAAGAAUGUCUGUAAGCAGUGGUGAUGGCUCCAUGCUAGCCCGGGGAGGAAGGGGGUCACCUGGUAGGGGUCAAAAGCUUACCGUCUGUUCCACACCUUCAUCUGGUCAUGCAGCAUCUGUGAAGAACGCCACAGACAGAUUGGCUGUUGCUACAGCUGACCCCUGUUGGGCAGGUGACGCUGUCACUCCCCCUCCCCAAUUCACCACCUCCUCCCCCCCCCUCUCCACCACUCCCCCCCUCACGCCCACCUCGUCCUCCUCCUCCACCCCAGCAGCUAUACUCAACGUUAACAAGAAAACCAAAGGGCUUAUCGAUGGGCUUUCCAAAUUCUUUACACCCUCACCUGUCGGUCGUAGGUCGUCGCGAGCCGGCGAGAUCUUAGACCCCUCAGCCUCGAAAGGAUCACAGUCUUGUUGUCCUGCUAGGAAAAAGCCUGUCCCUCCGCCAGAACUAUGGAAACUAAGUCAAUCUCCGUCAGUUGUUGUUGGCAUGGCUGCAAAGCUAACCACCAGCACCCUAUCUCCCUGUACACUCCCCCUCUCUCCCCCACCCACGUUGGCUGGACAGGGCUCCACCACCUCCCAGAUAUUCUCCACCUCUGCUAACUCCCCCCCGAGUUCUUCCAGCCAGUCUAGCGUCCCCUCCCUUACUAUUUUGUCUGAUCACAACCAGCUUAAGGGACUCUUUGACGGACCCUCCCAUAUCUAUGCCACUCAGGGACAGUCUCGGAAAAAGGGACUGCCUUGCUACGCACCAGCUAAGCGCAGGCACCAUAAGGCAUCCAAAACGUGUCCUCUCAUUCCCCAUCCUUCCCAGCAGCACCUUGGAAGGAAAGAGAGAAUAAAGAAUCGGUUGCUGUUGUUGUCCCAUUCAUCUCCUAACGCCUCUUCCCACCCUGGGCACGGCCGGCCAAGGGGGCGCCCCUUUAAGUUGGUCAGUCAUUUCAGACGUAACCCCUUUUUUAGAAAGCACAGAAUGCUAGGCAGGCUAAGAUGUAGAAUGACCCCUCAGAAGGGAAUCCAGGAAAUGACCCCUCAGAAGGGAACCCAGGAAACACCAGGAAAGGGAGACAUGACAGACGAAGGAAGAAUUAAGACAGAGCACCACCAUGGCAGUGAAGUGGGGCUGAGGGUGAAGCAGGAACCUGGAUUCGUAGCGGUCUCCGGGGAACACGUCACAGAGGAAGACGUGGAGAUAUUCACACAGGUCCAAGAGAUCUCGUCGCAGAGAAAUGGAACCAUGACCAUCACUGACUCUGGACGAUUCCCUGCCUUCAUAGAGUUUGGGAAGCAUUGUAUCCAAACCUGGUACUCUUCGCCUUACCCACCUGAAUACUCAAGAUUGCAUACGCUUCACCUGUGUGAGUUCUGUCUGAAGUACAUGAGAAGCAAGAACAUCCUACAGCAACACACCAAGAAGUGUGGCUGCUUUCACCCUCCGGCCAAUGAGAUUUACAGGAAGGACGACCUUUCAGUGUUCGAGGUUGAUGGAAAUGUCAGCAAGCUCUUCUGCCAAAACCUCUGCCUGUUAGCCAAACUGUUCCUCGAUCACAAGACCCUGUAUUACGACGUGGAGCCUUUCCUUUUUUACAUACUAACAAAGAACGACGACAAAGGCUGUCACCUUGUGGGUUAUUUCUCCAAGGAAAAGCUUUGCCAGCAGAGGUACAACGUCUCCUGUAUAAUGAUCAUGCCUCAGCACCAAAGACAAGGCUUUGGAAGGUUCCUCAUUGAUUUCAGUUACCUUCUCACGAGGCAGGAAGGACAAGCUGGCUCCCCAGAGAAGCCUCUGUCAGAUCUGGGUCGCUUAUCCUACCUGGCAUAUUGGAAAAGUGUCAUGGUGGAGUACCUCUAUAAGCAGCCAGAUAAACACAUCAGCAUUAAAGGAAUAAGCAAGGCCACCGGGAUGUGUCCACAUGACAUUACUUCUACUCUCCACAACCUCCGCAUGAUUGACAGACAGGACGGCAGGUUUGUGGUGAUCCGAAGAGAGCGAUUGAUCCAGAGACACAUGGAGAAGCUGCGAGCCAGCCCCAGGCUGAACCAGGUUGACCCUGACGCCCUGCACUGGACCCCUGCUGUGGCCCUCAACUCUGUCCUGUCUGAGGAGGAGAGAGAGGCUGAGAUGGAUGCUGAGCGACUUAAGGAGCAGGCUCGUUGUUGGGAGAAGGAGGAGAGAGAGGUGGUCCACCUGAUGACUCACCCUCGUCCUCCCACUAAGGUCUACAGUAAGAAGCCCUGCAGAACCUACCAGCGUCGCCCCACCGCCGGAGAACAAGGCUUGCACGUCUCUGACGAGUGCAGUGAGGACGGUUUUGAUUGGUCGCUACCCAUCCUAGCGAAGGCCCACGCCGUACUUGGAGACAAGAGAAAGAGAGAUGAGAGAGCUCUGGUCCUCAAGAAGAGAGGUCAGGAGAGGAGAGGGAUAAGUAGCAGUGUGACAACUGAGACCAUCUCGGAGACAACGGAGGUUCUGAAGGAACCGUUUGACAACUCGUCGGACGAGAGGCCCAUGCCCCUGUUGGAGAGGACCUGCAGGACGGGAGAGACGGAGGAGGAGCUGCUCAGGAAACCAGUAAAGAGACGCAGAGGUCGUCCACGGCUAGAGAAAAACAUGUACAGAGACAAUCACUGGAACGAAGGGGCCGGUGUGCUAGUGAAGAAACCGGGCAGAACUCGAGCAGUAAAGCGCAAGAAGGGCUGGCCCAAAGGAGUGAAACGGGGGCCUCCAAAAUGGCGUCUGAAGAAGGAGAGAAAGAUGGGAUUCAAGCUGAACCUGUACACACCCCCGGAGACGCCGCUGGAGGCCGAGGAGCCCCACAUCCAGGCUGAAGAGCCCAAGGAGGAGCUGGACCAGGCCUCUCCCAUAACGGAGGCAGGGUCAGAGCCCCGCAGAGGCCUGGCCAGUCAGGAGAUGGACAAGAAGAUAGCCUUGGAGCCUUCAGAGCCCCAAAGUUCCAUGGAGGAACAGCGCUCCCCUGGGGUGUCUCCUGUGACUUCUCCCAUGGCCUGCUCUCUGGUAGCCUCCCCUAUAGCCUCUAGAGCUAGCUCCCCUGUCUGCUCCCCCGUCAGCUCCCCUAGUCGUGACAACAGUCAGGAGGUGUCAGAGCCACCAGAGGAUGACCCACAGGACAAGGAGCACGGGGCCUCUCCAUCACCCUCUCUGUCUCCACCCAAAGAGCUGAAACACAGCACUGAACGAUCAGCUGUAGAGGAUGAGGCCACGCACCUGGAUGCGGACGAUGAAGACGAGAGUCACAUUGAGUCGACAGCAGAGCCAGAGAAACACGGGGACGUGCAGCAGCUGGAGCCAGGGCCUUGUAAAGAGCCUCCUAAAGCCCAGUCCUACAUCUCACCGGCUUUUCUCCAUCUGAACCGUGAGGAUUCUGAACGAUGUCAGGAGGAGGAGUCUGUAGUUGUGGCUUAUAGGUGCGAGGAGGAGCAGCCUGCCAACACCGGAGAAGACAAAAGCAAACAUAUCCAGGAACAGGCACCUACAACAUCAGCAGUAGCAGCAGUAGACUCUGACCACCCCGUUGACUCAGAGAGCAGCAGUCAGGAGGCUCCUCACCAGCCACAGCAGACACCGAACGCUAGAGAGAGGCUUGGAGCGCUGAGUCCUGCUGUCGUACUGAGAGACAGAGAGGAGAUGGAUCCCCCGGUGUACCCUGAGCCUGACGUGGACCAGGAGACUGCCCAGGCCGUACAGAGCCUCACCCAGGAGACGGCCCAGGCCGUACAGAGCCUCACCCAGGAGACGGCCCAGGCCGUACAGAGCCUCACCCAGGAGACGGCCCAGGCUGUACAGAGCCUCACCCAGGAGACGGCCCAGGCUGUACAGAGCCUCACCCAGGAGACGGCCCAGGCCGUACAGAGCCUCACCCAGGAGACGGCCCAGGCCGUACAGAGCCUCACCCAGGAGACGGAGCGCGACCCAGAGACAGAUAGCGUCAGCUCGGUGUUCCACCAGGACUGUGUGGAGAGAGAGACCCAGGAGGCGUGCCGGAGCCUGCAGACUUACACCCACCACGUGACGCCCCAGAGUCCCCCUCACACCCUAACUUCGCUGGACGAAGGCUGCCCCCAGUCUGACCACAGCAGCCCCCUGUCCUCGGCCCACACCCACCCCAGCCAGUCGGUGCGCUCCGUCAGCAGCCCGGCUGUGUCCAUCCUGGAGAGUAGCGGAGGCAGCGGUCCGGCUGUGUCCAUUCUGGAGAGUAGUGGAGGUUACACCCAGAUCAGCCCAGACCACGCCUCCAUCUCUGUCCCCUCUUCCCUCCACAACAUGGCAACCAGCCCCAUGAUGGAUGUGCCGUCAGUGUCAGACCACUCGUCCCAGCAGGUGGUGGACAGUGGCUUCAGUGACCUGGGCUCCAUCGAAAGCACCACAGAGAACUACGAGAACCCCAGCUCCUAUGACUCCACGCUGGGGGGCAGCAUCUGCGGUGGGGCCGGGGGUCCGUCUCAGAACAGCUGCUCCUAUGGCCCCCUCCCCCCUAGCGGCCUGGCGCAGAGCAGCUGUGCCGUUAGCCAGCAAAUGGCGGGCGUCAACCCUGGCAGCUGUGGUAUGAUUCAGCAGAAUAGCCUGAGCUCCCCGCAGCACUGCAACGUCAAGUCACCACAGGGCUGUGUGGGAGUGGUGGAGAGACCACCGAGUCACAGUCAACACAGUCACAGCCAUACAAUCCCACACAAUCCCCAUGGCCAUACUAGGCACACAAUCACUCCACACAGUCUGCCUCACGGUGCGCCACACAAUCAACACAGCCAGCUAACGCAACACAACCCAUACACACACCAGCACACACACCCUGCACACAGCCAGCUACAUAGUGUACGACACAAUCAGCUCAGCCAGCAUGGUCAACACACCCUUCACACUCAACACGGCACCAGCCAGCACAGCCACUGUCAGCAGCAGACGAUGGCACAGUGUGUCAUUCCCACCAACUUCACAGUGCCCAUGCAGCUAGCUGACAGCCCAGAUUCAGGCAGCUCCAAUCUGAGCAGCUUCUACGAGAGGAUAAACCAGGAGGGCUAUAGCAGCGGUCAUUACUCCCAGCCCUCGGCCACCUUCAGCCUGGCCAAACUACAACAGUUGACCAACACCCUGAUCGACCACCCUCAUUCUCUGCCUUUCAACCACCCCCACUCAACCUCCCACCCCCACUCAACCUCCCACCCCCACUCAACCUCCCACCUCCACUCAACCUCCCACCCCCACUCAACCUCCCACCUCCACUCAACCUCCCACCCCCACUCAACCUCCCACCCCCACUCAACCUCCCACCCCCACUCAACCUCCCACCUCCACUCAACCUCCCACCCCCACUCAACCUCCCACCUCCACUCAUCCUCCCACCUCCACUCAACCUCCCACCCCCACUCAACCUCCCACCCCCACUCAACUUCCCACCUCCACUCAACCUCUCACCCCCACCCCCACGCCAUCACAUCCUUUACAAACAGUGCCUCCCUGUCAUCGCACUCUCAGCACUCUGGCCUGGUGUCUCUAUCCCAGUCCCCACAUCCCCAUGGCCCCCACGGGGCCACUCCUCACCCUGGGGCUUCCCAGGUCCAAGUACAGGCCACCAUGACCCCCCCUCCGCCCUCUUCCCACCCCCUUAGCUCCCCUCAGAUGAUGCUGCAACGCAACGCCAUGGGUAUCCCCAACAUCACCCCCUCCCAGAGGACUCUACAGGCUCAGAUGGCCUCCGGGGGACACAAGUGCCCCACACACAUCUCCAUGCGCUCCAAGUCAGCGGCCCCUGGUCACUCCGCUCACCAGCAGCAGCAGCACCAGCAGCAGAUGUACAGCCAUGCCCACGGGGCCCCCCAGACAGUCACCAUGCAGGCCCCCUCGUCCCGGACACUUGCUGCCAUGCCCAGGGGCAUGAACUUGGGCACGGUCAACAUCAUGCCAGCCUCCUACAACCACGCUGUGAAUAUGCCCACUGCCGCCGCCAUCAACCACGCCAUGAAUGGCUACCGCGUCAACGGUGGUUACCCCGGCAGCCAGAUGUCGAGUCAACAGAUGGCUGCGGCCUACAUGAACCAGUCGCCCGGGUCCCAGUACGCCUCUAUGCAGAUGGGCAUGAUGGGAACGCAACCAUACCCCCAACAGCCCAUGCAGGCUCCGCCCCACGGCAACAUGAGGUUCUCUUCAGCCGGUCACCAUGGAUACAUGACCAACACCGGAACUAUGUCCAAGCAGACACUCAAAGGGCCUUUCAUCAGACGGUAACCCACGGUUACUAACCUAACAGUUAACGAAACGGUAACUACCGACAGACUGAAUCAAUCUGACUGGAUGUUUAAAUCACACAAAUGUGCAUUAUUAAUUAUUAUUAUUAUUACUAUUCGUCCCUGAUGCACACAUUUGGCCUUUUUGGUUGUUGAUAAUGUUUGUUUGUUGUAAUUUUGUUAAUAGUUACUUAAAAACCAGCACUUGGAAAGAAUGCAUCAAGUUUGAUCAACAAGCAAACUUUCUACAAAAAGCUACUAUCUAUAUAUGUCAAAGUAUUUUUGUUCCUAACAGAUGGGAAGCCUUACGUCAUAGAGAUGAACAUUUAUUUAAUUAGUAUUAGUUUCCCUGAUCAGUCCGUAGGGCAGGCAGGGUAGGGGGCCAGGGGGAGACGGGCGAGAGAUUUCAUCACCGGGAGGGAGAGCGUGAGUGUAGUUAUGUAGCAGCCUCAAAACGAAGCCAUCUAAUGUGCCUGCUACAAACAGAUUUCAACUAUUGGAUAUUCCUAGAACCUGUUCAGUGUACCUGUCUAACAGUGCUGACAAUUAGUUUGUACUAUACUCAUGCCUUUGUAUAUUUAAAUUAUUGUACUUAUUUUGUAAAGUGACAAUUAGCAUGCAUCGGUCUUCAGUCUCUAUUAGUAACAGUGCAUUGAGUAGUACUGUACAAGUGUUGUGCUUAAUAGCAGACAUUUUAAAGACAUUUUAAAGACAUUUUGGCCUUUUGUUAGGUUCCCUCGCUUACAAAGUGGGGGAGAAAGAUGAAACUAUAUUUUGUUAAUUCUAAUAAUAAUGUAAAAAACCUUCUUUAAUCCUGUUCUUCUGUACGGUCGAGAGGUUUUAUUACCAUGUGUGUAUAAUUCUGAAGUCUUUUGUAACAGAUAUCUUUGAGGCAGCUUUCUGUUUUAUAAUGCAGAAAACUUCUGUCAAGAUAAAUAAGCAUAUUGCACCCCUCACUCUGAUUUUGUUUUUAAAUUUCAGAGGUGUACCAAUGUCGAAAAGUGUUGACAUAAAAAAUAAUAAUAAAGAAAUAUAAAUUUAGUCCAAAGUUGAUAUUUUACCAUUUCUUUAAAAAGUUACAUUUUCAUUCCAUCUGUAGAUUUGUUUUCUAUCUUGAUAAAAUGUUGGAUUUAUAUUUUACAAAGUGUAGGAGAAGAGAGGAUGUAAAUAGACCAAACUAAGCUGACAGAUUGCAUGUAAAAAGCCACUUGUAGUUGUGUUUUUGUUCAUAUUGCUCUUUUGUAGCCUUUGUACCUGUACAGAAUGGCUGGUAGGGACAGUCACAGGGGGAGACCUGGCUAUGUGCACAAACAAUUGGACAGAAUGACAGUCUUGUAUUUAUGACUUUUCUCCUUUGGCAGUCACUUAUAAAUGCUGUACAUUUUAGCAUAAAAUAAAUGAUGAUUGACCAUG